AUGUCUGUGGAAUUUACCAACAUCUCAGUUGCGAAUUAUGACAAGACAUCAACAUUCUUUUACGCUGGCGAAGGCAGCAUCCUCUUUUUCUUCAACACAUUUUUCGUCUUUCGUUUUUUGAGCAACAAGCAUCAUCGUGCCCAGAAAGAUAGUUUGCUCAUUGUCGGAUAUCUUAUUUUUGAUACUCUAUUCGGACUGACCUAUAUGUGCAGCGGAAUCUAUAGGAUAAUACUGAUUUAUGCAUCUUCGUACGAGUAUAUUUCAGACUUCCCUGCCUCAUCAAAAUGGGAGUGCAUUGAGACGCCAGCGCUUCUAUUUGUUAUAAUCACUCCAACAGCAGGGAUUAUUGUAUUUGUGACUGCACUCGAUAGGUGUUAUGUUGCAAUGUACCCCCUCAGAUAUCUUCAGCUGAACGUGCGAUAUGCAAUAAUCGUGAUAUGUAUCCCUUACAUAAUUGCUCUUCCUCCCGUUAUCAAAGCUCUUUUGGGCAGCUAUUCCAAUAGAUUUGUCAAAGAUGUGAGUGUAGCAGACCAUCGUCAACAUCUAACAACACUUGCUUAUCUCGACUGGCUAUAA